AUAAGCUGCUCCAAGCCACUUGCAGCUCUCUUCAGAAGAAAAAAAUCACUAGUGCUCUGCUCUUGCCAUAAUACCAAAACUUCUUGACUUCUGCUUUGGUGCUGCAACACUGGAAGAAUUGCACACAGGUUCCAGGAAUACCAUUUUUCAUUUGAGUGAUUCUUUGUGAAUGAAAAAAGAUUUGAGUCUUAAUAGUUGUCUUGUUUUAAAGCUGUUUCUCUGUAGUGUGAACUGCUUAAUAAAUUGGGCCACUUACCAAUGAGUCACACAGCCAGUUCAUGCCAGGAGCUGGUUGAAAACUGUGCUGUGCAUGUGGCGGGGAUGGCACAAGACGACAGCCGUCGUGGGCAAGUGCCAUCUCCUUUUUAUCAUGGUGCCAACCAAGAACUUGACCUGUCCACCAAAGUGUACAAAAGGGAAUCAGGAAGUCCUUAUUCUGUGCUAGUGGACUCCAAGAUGAGCAAACAGCAUCUCCAUGAAACAGAGGAACAGCCAUAUUUCAGGGAGCCAAGAGCAGUGUCUGAUGUGCAUGCUGUUAAAGAAGACCGGGAGAAUUCUGAUGACACAGAAGAGGAGGAGGAGGAAGUCUCUUACAAAAGGGAGCAGAUCAUAGUGGAGGUAAACCUUAAUAAUCAAACAUUAAAUGUCUCUAAAGGGGAAAAGGGUGUCUCUUCUCAGUCCAAAGAGACUCCUGUUCUUAAGACCAGCAGUGAGGAGGAAGAGGAAGAGAGUGAGGAGGAGGAAGCUACGGAUGACAGCAACGACUAUGGAGAGAAUGAAAGGCAGAAGAAAAAGGAGAAGGUCGUGGAGAAAGUAAGCGUCACACAAAGGAGAACCAGACGUGCUGCCUCUAUGGCUGCAGCUGCCACUUCCCCAUCUCCCAGGACGACCAGAGGCCGUAGGAAGAGUGUAGAGCCACCUAAGCGUAAGAAGCGGGCCACAAAGGAGCCCAAAGCGCCAGUCCAGAAAGCUAAGUGUGAAGAGAAAGAGACUCUGACCUGUGAGAAGUGCCCCAGGGUGUUUAAUACUCGCUGGUACCUGGAGAAGCACAUGAACGUUACUCAUAGGCGCAUGCAGAUUUGUGAUAAGUGUGGCAAGAAGUUUGUCCUGGAAAGUGAGCUGUCCCUUCACCAGCAAACAGACUGUGAAAAAAAUAUUCAGUGUGUUUCCUGUAACAAAUCAUUCAAGAAACUCUGGUCCCUUCAUGAACACAUCAAGAUCGUUCAUGGAUAUGCAGAAAAGAAAUUUUCCUGUGAAAUCUGUGAGAAGAAAUUCUAUACCAUGGCUCAUGUGCGGAAACACAUGGUUGCGCACACGAAAGACAUGCCUUUUACAUGUGAAACCUGUGGAAAAUCGUUCAAACGCAGUAUGUCUCUCAAGGUGCACUCCCUGCAGCAUUCUGGAGAGAAGCCCUUCAGAUGCGAGAACUGUGACGAGAGGUUCCAGUACAAGUACCAGCUGCGGUCCCACAUGAGCAUCCACAUUGGGCACAAGCAGUUCAUGUGCCAGUGGUGUGGCAAGGACUUCAACAUGAAGCAGUACUUUGACGAGCACAUGAAGACACACACUGGAGAGAAGCCCUUUAUCUGUGAAAUCUGUGGCAAAAGCUUCACCAGCCGCCCUAACAUGAAGAGGCACCGCAGAACUCACACAGGCGAGAAGCCCUAUCCAUGUGAUGUGUGUGGCCAGCGGUUCCGCUUCUCUAACAUGCUUAAGGCCCACAAGGAGAAGUGCUUUCGGGUGACCAGCCCCGUGAAUGUGCCGCCUGCUGUCCAGAUCCCACUUACAACUUCCCCUGCCACCCCAGUUCCUUCUAUGGUGAACACACCUACAACCCCACCCCCACCCAUCAACAUGAAUCCUGUAAGCACGCUUCCCCCUCGGCCCAUCCCCCACCCUUUCUCACACCUUCACAUCCACCCACACCCUCACCACCCACACCACCUUCCUAUCCCUCCAGUCCCUCACCUGCCCCCACCUCCCGCUCUCUUUAAGAGCGAGCCUUUAAAUCACAGAGGCCAGGGUGAGGACAACUUUCUGCGGCACCUGGCAGAGAAGAACAGUUCAGCACAGCAUCAUUAACAUCCAUCUCCUUAAUUGUGUUCUCUGCGAGUUAACGUUCCCAUAGACAAGUUUGCAGAGGGAGUUGGUGAGCAUUUCUGUAGCUGUCAGACUCUCUUCAGCCUCCACCAAGAGCUUUGUCAUUGUCUUGGUGAGUCAACACAACACAUCCAAGGGAAUGAACAAGAAGACCACCUCGAGCUCACAGAGGGAACUGUCAUCUAAACCAGGGGAAACCACCGACUAAAGCCCAAUUUGCUUGCAUUUUCUGGUGACUUUUAUAAAUUUCAAAUACUCAGACUUCUGGAGUUUUAUAAUUUCAUAUCAGCUGAUGAGGUAUGCUUGCUUUUAUACCCUGGACUUCUCCUCAAAGAGGGGAUAGACCUGGUUUCCUUUGUACUAAUCGGGAAGGCUGUGAGAUUAAUCCAGAGCAUUAAUUGUAUCACUGUGUAUCGUAAUGAAUUCUUUUCAGCUUUUGGUGCUGGCUGCAGAGUUGAGCUAGCCAUGUUUCACAAUAUAUCAAGCAUUAUAGAAAAAGAUGAAAUUUUUCUUCUUUGUGUAGCUCUCCUAACAACGCACUCUUUAUUUUACUACAGAAAUUAUUUUAGAGUUUUUGUAUAGACUUCU